AUGCUCUUGCCGGUGCUCCCGAUUCCCUUUUUCACUUCGCGUCGGCGCCCUCACAAACUCGAACAGAUAUUGAGAGCAAGAAAGAUAUCACCUUCCCAUUAUCUCGCCUUCGCCGUGUUGCGAAAACGCACCCACGUCGGAGCUCUACGGGGAGGGAGCCAGGACAAUGGGCCUAGGAGCAACGGCGGCCUUCCAUUCUCGCGGACUCUGAGGUCGAAUACAGGUUCCCGCUGGGGUGUUUUGCUCCCCGUAGCCAUCGCCAUCCCAAUCGCUACCAGCCGACCAUCUUCAGACUUUCGCCCAUCUUCCGGCCCAAGCUGCGAAUGCGACUACAUUCUGCUAAUCAUCGGUAGAGUGACCACAAGUGGUGAGUCCAUCCUCCACAAAGUGGGCAAGGCGCAAGCCGUUUCUUUGCGUCACCCUCCCACUCGUGAUCAGGCCUUGUACUUGUAUUCGUGGUCCAUCUUCUCCGAAAUUCCUAAUUUUCGCAUCUCGCAGAAAACAACAAACCCUCUGCGAAAAACCAACCACUUUGCGACCGCCAAUAGACAUUUCUCAACGACAACCGAUACCCCACACCAAUAUCAAGAAGCCCGGUGGAUCGCGACCAAGCCAGCUUACCCACGAGAGCUUGCCCAGAUCAUGGACUCCAAUGGGGUCAGGAGGAGGGACACCACAAAGGGCCCUCCCCUACGCAUUCUGUCUCUAGGUAAGCAAAGUGAAGCAGACCGGCCACUUUCGCGACACCCAAAUCGCGCGCAAACCCCACGAAACUGGCCCGGAAGCGCUCAUGCUAACAUGCCUAUGACAGAUGGCGGAGGAGUCCGUGGUUACUCCAUGUUUAUCAUUCUCCAAGAACUCAUGCACCGUACCUUUGUCGAGAUCGAGGGGAGAGCCCCGCGGCGAAACGAAAUCCCUCGGCCUUGCGAUCAUUUCGACCUCAUCGUAGGAACCGGUACCGGCGGUCUUAUAGCCCUGAUGCUCGGUCGACUGCGCCUUGAUCUAGAGCAGUGCAAGGAACUUUACGUUAGGUUGACGCGCAUGGUCUUCGAAACCGACAAAACUAUUGCCGGCAUUCCCUACCGCUCGACCCUCUUCAAGGCCUCCAAGCUUGAGGAGGCUAUCAAGGAGGCUGUGAGGGAGCACACAGUGUAUCAAAAAGAGGGCAAUGACGGCACCGAGAACGAUGUUCUCAGCCCUCUCAGCGGCUACAACACCUCAAAUCCCCGGAGGCAUGCAAGCAACGCCAGCACUGUCAGCUUCAGCGCACGUAGCCCCCAGGCUCAGAUGGCACGCCCUGCCUUCAACUCGCGGUACGGUGACCCAAACGCGAGACUUUACGACGCAAGGGAGAACAGGACUAAAACCGCCGUCUUGGCAAUGUACAAAGGUUCCCGCAAGGGCAACCCCGCCGCCGUACUGCGAUCCUACGAUUCAAGAAGAGAGCCUCCGCCAGAGUUCGACUGCAAGAUCUGGCAGGCUGGACGAGCGACAUGUGCGAUCGGCCUAGCCUUCAAGCCCAUUCAAAUCGGGCAGUCCGUUUUUCACGAUGACGGUGGCGGCACCUUCAACCCUUCUCCCGAGGCUCUUGACGAAGCCGUAGUCAACGAAUGGCCGGGUCGCGAAGUCGGCGUGUUUCUCAGCGUUGGUACCGGCAGACGGCCCAAAGGAAGUGAUGCAAACUCCCAGAUGUGGUACGAAGGUUUCCUGGGAGAGUUUGCGGAAGCUCGCCGGAAGCUUAUCUCCAAGAUUGAGGGAUGUGAGGCUAUCCACGAGCAAAUGAGGAAAGAGCACUUAUUGAAGCGGAACGUCAACGUCGAAAACUACUACCGUCUUAAUGUGGAGGUUGGCGUCGGCGAGUUUGGUAUGAACGAAUGGCAUCGCCUGGCCGAAAUCAGCACGAGCACACGGCAAUACCUGAGGCGAGAGGUCGAGCAGAAAAUGAUUCAAGGUGCUUCUGCGAAGAUGGCCAAGAUUCACAAAGCGAACAUUCGGUUCUCACGCCUACCAGAAGUCCCUGAACUGGUCAAGUCAAAUUCGGAGACGACUGAGCCAAUGUCGUUUGCGGUAGAAUUGCCAGCCGAGAUUCCUACAUCGUGGCCGCCACACAACACACCGCCCAGCCGUCAGUCUUACGAAUCUGGCUCUGAGCACUUGCACAUUCCCUCACCAAUGAGUCCUUCACCAAGAAGUUCCGGCGAACGGCUGCAACCAUCGUCGUCACCACGGCCCGAGCAACGGCCCCUACCCCCGGCGAAGGACGAUGAGAUUGAUAGACUUGUUGUCACUGCGCCCACCCCAGCGCAGUAUCGCUACGCAGCAGGCGCUGAUAAGAUUGCUAUCAUGAGCCCGGAUGAACAUCCACGAUGGCAGAACCAGCCUUACAGUAACGGUCCGGUCCAGCAGUCACAACAGCCACAGCGUAUUCCACCACCGCUGCCUCCCAAGACACCACUCCCGGAACAUCAGGCAGCCGGAGGCCGUCGUCCUGUUGGCUCGUCGCCCCUACCCUAUCCAGUGGAUGACGAGCCUCCACCAGUGAAUAUGGCUAGAAAACCGGAUUACCGCGGGAGUAAUACCAUCAGGGAAGUGGAUAUCAUGCUGGUUUAUGAGGCUCUGUUUCUUCAAGAGCACACAGCAAAAGGGAGUUCUCUUCGGAAAACGAAUCAGGUUUUGGGGGGUUUUAGGUCAGAUACCAUUCCAACGCAUGCGAUUCUACUGGCCAUGUGCAGUGUGCCUACUAGUUUCUCAGUGCAGCAAAGCAGCGACUACUUCCAAGCCCGGGACCUUCCCGCUUUCCGGGCGGUGGCGAGAACCCGAGAACUCGGUCGGCUAGUGGGUCACUACGUCACGGCGGAUCACCUCGAUUCGUUUUUGGUAUAUUGGAACUUCAAUUCUGUUGGAAAUUUCGCUGCGGACUCUGACAGACCAAAAGCUCAAUAUUUGGGCUCGAGAAUGAAGCUACAGCCCCAACGAGGCUUUUUCCAGGCUCGCCGCCCGUGGCGCCGUACCGACAUUGUCAAAGCGAAUGGCACCUCGCUGAAUAACGGAGCUGAGCAGUUCGUUCCUUUGGCGACGUCGAUUAAGUUUGAGGUCUCUCAAUCCAUGAGAUUGGGCAGAAGCUACGCAUCGUGGGCUCCUUCAGCUCGCACUUGCUUGAUUGCGGCUGCAUCGUUUCGUCACAAUGUGGGCGUCACAUUCCCCAGCAUGGAGAAGGCUUCCGCGUAUUCCAACUCGGGCUUCGCCGAAAGCGGGCCGUUGGAAAGACUGUCUGAGCCUAUCGCUCUGUUUCGCCGGCUAAUUCCAUCCUCGAACUUGACGUCACAAUGCCGCAUCGACUCCAUCUCCCAAGUGCGAUGGGGCUUGUGCUUCAUGAUUUACGCCGUUUCUGAACAUCUAUCGCAAUUAUUGAACGCGGUCAAGAGAUAUUCGCGGCAGCGAUGGGAAGUACCGGAUCUCACCAGGCUCGAUCCGAUGUGUCGACAUCGAUACAUCAGCUGUCUCCCACGGAAAUUCCAUGGAACCGACUGGCCCAUCGAGCACAACCUCGAACCAUCAAGAUACCGCUUCCUGGGUUUGGGCUUUCGCACUAGCGAGGAAGCUAGUGCACAUCAACCAAACCCCAAGAAAGAAACAGAGGGCUGGUUUGUGGCUUUUCCUCAGCCCAGCUCGAUCCACGGAAGCUAUCCUCAUGACGCUAGACCAAAUGUGUCAAAACCCGACGAGCUGCAGCUCAGACAAAGCCUCCUUUCUCACUUGAUCUGGCUUCGACAAUGUCCUAUUGCUCUUUUCUCCGAUUUGUUUAUAAGUCAGCCUUACCAGAAACAUUUCAACCAGAUUCUCGGGUCCAAAGUCACGUCAUGUUCGAUACCGCGUCGCCGCCGCCGAUCUGCAGGAAAGGGGGGAGCAGUAGCAGCAGAAGCAGCCGCCGCCUCCGCCGCCUUCGUGCCAUUUUCAGACGAUGUCCGAAGGCUCGCAGCAGCAGCGGGCGUCACGGAACGCAGCACGCGCCGAGAGGACGACAACGUCCUGCGGGGAGUGCAGACGGAGGAAGCAGAAGGCACUGUGACCAAGGUCAGCCAUGUAGCAAUUGCCUCCGUCGUUUUCCUCAACCAAUAUGCGAGUACCGCGUGGGCAAGUAAGUCUGAAGUUCCGCCCUCGUCCCCGUUCCCUCCUUCGCAUACCGGGAACUUCUACCUUCUUGACACCAGCAAGGGCGGGAGGUCGUGGUCCCCUUCUUUCAACACUACCAGGAGUAAGCUCUCCCCUGAUACAAGCGUCUCAGUCAACAAGACCGCUCGGGAGUCCUUCUAUCGCUGGUUGGGCUGCUCAGAACCGGCAACAUACCAAUCUACGCUUAGAGUACAACGAUCAGAGGCAGAGCUCCUCAACAGCGAUACAGAAUGUCUUCCACCGUCAGUCUCGUGGCUUCCAUUAGCCAACCCCGAUCGUAGUAUACUAGAUGUCGAUAUCUUCCAAGCAUCGCAGCAAGUCUUGUCACAUCGACUAGCAGUCCCAAAGUUGAUUUUCGACAACUUUGAAACAGCCCAUAACGACGACGACACUCCGCAGCAUGGACAGAGUCCUGGAUCUUGGUCACAUCCAGCAGAGUCUAGGGUACAAUUCCCGGAGCGACCAGCCAGCGGUAUAGACGAGCAAAUAGCACUUUUACCUGUGGACCAGAGCCCCUUGAACAAGAAGUUACUUAGACUGUACAUCGCAGUUCUCUCCCGUUUCAAAGCCUCUAUCAACGGCGACCCGAGCCCCAACAAUCCUUUUAUACGUCAUUACUCCCCCUUCUGCCUUCAAGAUCCCCUAGUGAUGCGGAUCAUUCUCUAUACCUCAGCCUGCUUCCUCCACGAGACUGGGGAUGUACGGACAGAUGUCCUGCGGACUUACAAAGGCCAAGCCAUCGCUAUGCUCAACGAAAACCUGACCACGGACAGCAGUAAGAGCAUGGUGCCAAACACCACCGCGCUGACCGCAACAGACGCAAACAGUUUAACCACACCGGUAAUUCAAAAGCCCGGAGAUGCGGCCAUCGCCGGCGUCAUUCAGCUCACCGUGGCUGAAUGGUACUGGGGCGAAUCAGAACAGGACCUAAGGUACCACCUCAUGGGCUUGCGAGAUAUGAUCAGAGUGCGCGGCGGCUUCAAUCAGCUCGGCAUGGACGGCCUCUUGGCGAAAAAUGCUAUCGUGUGCGUAAACCUUUUCUGUUGUUCUGAUUUCUACAUGUUCUCUGGAUUGACCUUGUUGAGUCUUUUGAUUAUACCUUUGACGGUUGAUAUCUGCCUUUGUCGUGUACUCAUGAUUGCUACUCAUUUAUUCGCUCACGAUGUCUCCAUAUCCCUCGCCCACGAAAACAGCCCACUGCUACUGACUCUGUCGCCUUCGGACGACGACCGUAAAGGCGGAGGAAGCGGAUGCAAAGGGUCGACGGGUCCAGCGACAUCAGGAGGAGCGGCAAAUUCAGCACGUCGGGUCUUGGCGAAACCGUACGCCUUCGUCGACCCUAUAAAGGACGUCCCCCUCCGCAUGGCGAAUCUAUCGCCCAUGGUGACACAUCUACCGUGCAGCGGAUCACUCCCGUCUUUCUCCGAUUGCGCCACGAGUCUGCGCAUCCACCCGGCGACGGCCUCGAUACUCGACAAUGUGAAGUACCUUCUAAGCGUCGUCGACGCGAUAUAUGAUGAAUCGACGACAUCAGCAACGACAAAACCAGCCUCGCUGAAGGCCCAAGCGAUGGGGAAGUACAUGUAUGACCAUAUCAGCAGUCUUCACUCAACCAUACCUGGACAUCGCCAAAGUCUGUCCUCAGAUCCCCCGACUCGAACGAAUUCGCCACCAACAAGCAAUUAUUCCGCCGCGUUCGAUAGAGAAUCCAUACGGAGUGAGAGUGUGCCCAGCACAGGUACGGCCGCCGGACCUGGCUCCGUUGGGCCGGGCCGAUCACCUUCGGGCCCGAAUUCCGACUCCACGACAUCCGAAUGGUCGUCAACCAAGUCACAUACCCGAGACGCUAGCGAUUCUCCGACGAGUCCUCGAUCCGCAUACCACCACCAGCAGAGUCCGGACUUCAUGUACCAGGUUAUCCGAAUGACAGCGUUACUCUACACGCGGGCCGUCAUGACCCGGACGCCGCUGAGCGGGACAUGCACGGAAUCAGAAUUUCUGCAGAUCUGGACGACGACAUGGCGUGUACCCCUGUCGACAUGGAACGACACGGUGGGCAUAUUUCACUGGAUAAUGCUGGCUAUCGCGCCGGCAUGCCACCGGACGCCGCAUGCGCGCUUUGUGAAAAAUAUGUUGACGAUUAGCACCCUCACGCUCGGAGUGGAAAACUGGGCAAUGGCUAUGGGUGCCGCGUCGACCGGCAUGCGGCUGCAGCAUUGGCUCGAGGGCCAAGACAUGGGAGAGCAGGAGGAGAGGGAGGAGGAGAGGAGGAGAGGGAUGGAGCGGCAUCCAGCAAGAGGAGGACGGCGCUCCGGGCGCGAAGAGCGAGACUCCUCCUCUGUAGUGGAGAGUCCCCGUUCCCGCAAAGUCAUGGAUAUUGCUGGACACGUCGGUCCACGGCCGCAUAUUGCAGGACGGGGCCACUGGCAAAAGCAGAUUACUGCGUUCUGCGUCGAGAAUGACCAAGCCUGCAAUUCUCGGGCCAUCCAUUUCUGGGAUUUGCAAGACUUCAACUUGCCACGAGGUGAUGAAGAAGGCGACGCUGCCGGCGGCAACACCGUAGCGCAGCGGUCUCUUCUCAGGGGUCAGCUUGCUGCUGGGAGCUACUGCAUAAAGGGUACAUGGGAGGUGAUUUUUGGCAUCACGACAAUUGUGCAAGAAACAGCAACUUCGUACCCGGGCCAUAACGUCGUCAUUUCCAAAUGCCCAUCAAUAAUCCCUACGAUCCGACUUCCGAAAUUACUCCUGGGGAAAGCGCUUGCACCUUCCGCUGGCAAAGUUCGACGAAAGACCAGGAUUAAGACGCGCGAGCAUCGAGAGGGUGGGAACGAGGGAGGUCCCCUCCUCUUGCUGCUCCUCUCCCCCAUAGCAGGGUGUGUAUUGUGUUCCAGUUUGCGGAACCGUCCCAGCAGCGGGCGCCCAGCAGACUAUUUCUUUCCUGACACUCUUGUGGUUGAUACAACGCUGCCCACGUUUUUGACGGCAACAUUCGCAGAGAAGUGCGAUGCCGGGCGGUUGUCCGUUCACUUUGCCGGAAGCCACGUGGACGUGCCAGAAGCUGCACUGAAGAACCCUAAACCCGAGGUUGCCUACCUGCGUCUGAAGUGGUAUCGAACGGAAGAAUGGAUGGCAAACUCCAGUUCAACCACGGAUAUCACAAGCCCCGUAUGCGGAAGUGAGACACGCAUCCUCCGUCUGACUGGCGGAUUCGGGACGGUGGUUGGCAACGGCUGGGCUGGGCUGGGUCCUUCUGACGGUUGGAUGCUGAAGUGGAACCGUUCUAGCGGAAUUACCGCACUCGCAGUUCUGUUUCCUCUUCCGUCGUCCGGAGGUGACGUCAAAACUCUGAAGCCGAAAAAGAGUUCAGGAGAUAUCCGCAGGAGACAGCCUAGAGGCAUUGGCGGUGUCGAUCCCGAACGAGAGCCCGAGUUCGAUUUGACGCAUAUGGGAGCUUCAACAACGGGAAAACAGCAAGAGGAGCUGUACUGCGUCAGGUGGUGUAUGCAAUGCGAUGUCCCACGAGCAAGGAAGAGCAAAGUGAAGGAAGUGGUUCCUCACGGAUAUGGUGGUGCGGGAGAGACUGAGAAAGAAGAGUUGUCGCAAUGUAUCCGUACACUGGAGAACACAGGUACAGACAUUGCAUCCGGUACCUUGCAAUGUCCAACGUUGGUCGAAGGGGAACAGGCCGUGUUCACUUUGUUCGAAGCCCAGUCCCGGACGUAG